AUGGAAAAGGACCUUAGCGGAUCACAAAAUGAACAAUCCGAGACGGAAGAUGAAAACGUUCAAGAGAAGAUUGAGCAGCCUCUCCAACAUGAAAAACAGUAUAACGAUGCGCCUUCUUCCCAAAAACCAGUUGAAAAAAUCCCACACGAAGUCGACUUAUCAAUUCUUCCUGAAGAACAGUUUGCGACGACUCCGACUGUUAUAGAAGUUGACGAUGUGUACAGUAACAGGAAUCCCUAUUUUGAAGCAACAACCGUUAUAAGUCUCUAUCCGACAGUGAAUCCUCCACGGCGGAAUUUUUAUCGGUAUUAA